GCAGAAACUGGGCGCAUGCGCGUAACCCGUGAAGAGGCGGGUUUUGGUGUGGCGCGUGGGAUUCGAUUCGAUCAGGAGAACUGCGCCGUCAGCCCGCGCGCGCGGCGGGAGAUGGCUGGCUCCGGGGCGCUGCUGCGCCACUGCCCGCUACUCCUGCCUCAGAACCGCGAGGGGACCGUCUACGAGGGGUUUGUCACCGUGCAGGAUAGAGACUUCCAUAUAAGGAUACUGUUACCAUCAGAUUUUCAGCUUAAAAAUGCAAGGAUACACUGUAGCUGGCGUCUAAAGAAGGUAUUGCAUGGGUAUCACCAGAUUGUGAAACAGAGGUUGCAACACUGUUCUGAUCUGGUCAGUUUUAUGGUGGAGCUUAAAACUAUUUUGGAAGCUGCUUUAAAGAAUACACAAGAGCUGCAUGAACCCCCGCCUCCAGAAUACUACUCAUACCUUGUCAGAGAUAUAGAAACAUUGGGUUGGAAUAAAGUCGUAUAUGUAGAUACUGGUCUUAAUACCAUCAAGCUAAAAGGAGAAGACUCGUGUGGUCGACAGCAUCUAAUCACACUGAAGUUAAAUGCAAAGUAUCCUGCAGAACUGCCAGAUUGCUGUGUAGACUUCCCUGUUGAAUUUGCUAUCUCUUGGAUUCCACAGAGCUCCUUAGUAGACAUUUAUAACCAGUUCUUGGCAGCGUUAGAAUCACUGAAAGAAUUCUGGAAUGCUAUGGAUGAAAUUGAUGAGAAGACUUGGGUACUUGAGCCAGAAAACCCCACACGGAGUGCCACAAUGAGAAGAAUUGCACUAGGAAACAAUGUUUCCAUAAACUUAGAGGUAGAUCCCAGGCAUCCAACUAUGCUUCCUGAGUGUUACUUUCUUGGAGCAGACCAUGUGGUAAAUCCUCUGAGAACUAAGCUGAACAACAAUAUGCACUUGUGGGAUCCAGAUAUCACCCUACUACAAAAUUUGAAAGAAGUUUUAGAAACCGAUUUUCCUUCUCGUGCUGUGCUAGAAAAGACUGACUUCACUAUGGACUGUGGUAUCUGUUAUGCUUACCGACUUGAUGGUGCUAUUCCAGACCAAGUGUGUGGUGAUUCCCGAUGUGGACAACCUUUCCAUCAGGCUUGCUUGUUUGAGUGGUUACAAGGUCUUCCUUCUAGCAGACAAAGUUUUAAUGUCAUCUUUGGUGAAUGUCCAUAUUGUAAUAAGCCAAUCUCGGUGAAAAUGUCUAUGAAGAAACUUUGAAAAAAUAACUUGUACAGCUUUGGGCUAAUGACACUGCACAUAAACUCAAGACAUUUUAAAUGGUGACAUCAAAGAAAAUACAACACAAGGAAUAUUAAUAUC